UACUGAUUAAUGCGGGGUUUGUUGAAUGUCACCGGAGUUGAUUUGAUGCCGUCCUUUGUGUUCACCUGGGGGGAAGCCCUUUUACUUGUUACGUUCCAAGCUCCGUUCUAUGAUCUCACGGCUAUGCUUCGUUUCAGCUUAAGUCAUGGCGCAGCUGACGCUACAAGGUAGUUGAACCAAUCAAGCAGCGGCAAACACGCAAGUCACUGAUCCUUUUCCGUUUAUAAUUGAAUCAGCGAUGAGCUAAACAUGCAAAAGCUUGACGAACACCAUAAUGGCCCGCUAUUGAGGCUGUCUGAUUGGUCCCUCCAGAGCGUAGCUUCGGCUGUGUCUGGACUGAAUGUGAAACGAAGUGUAAUGUCUCACCAAUGAAAACUUAGAUAUGACUGCCUCUUAUUCCAUUAUGCCAAAGGAUAUUACAGCCUUGUCUUUUUGCAAAUGCUUUCAUUCUAACGCUUCACCGGUUGACCUACCUUUUCUCCAACCGUCGUCUAUUUUACAGCGCUCUGAUCAUCAAUUCAAAAUAGGCCUACCUCACUGAGAAUCCUCAGCAUACAUUGGCUCCUUCAUUCCUCGAACGUACUCACAUUCGAGCCGCCUCCAAGCAUUUUAGCUAACAUAGUUUAUGUAAAGUUUCAUCGAAUGAUUUAUUCUGUUAAAGCAUAUUUGGCUCAGAUAUUUCUGUUUUAUUUCCAGCAGUGGUGCAUUGUUGGCUUUGUUCUUGUGUGUGUGUGUUCUUGCUUAUUCUGUUAUUUUUAACCACACCCCUCUGUAAUGUCCUCUGGGCCCUGAAGACACCUAUAUAAAUAAAUAAAAAAAAGUAUUGAGUGCGAUAAAACAGGGCUAAUCAUUACGCUACAGGCAUGCAUACACUGCAUCCGACGACCCAUGAAUAGCGUCCCUUCAGUUUUCGCUGAUAGUUCGUGCCGUCAUCUCAACGGGCAAACACUGUCUGGAAACAUGGAGGUAGGAAGAAGAGGACGUGACAUACCGGCUCAUACCGUUGGGGGCGUGUCCCUCCAGACCAGAAGUCUCCCCCGGCUACACCUCUGGUGGCGUCAUGUCGCCUCCAGAAGCCUCCUACCUCCAUGUCUGAAAACGACAGUUGAGUAAAGGAGAGGUAUAGUAUUUACGCUUUAGACACGCGCCAGAUUACAGCCGUCAUUGCUCACCUUCUUUUGCUUUACACAGAUGUUGAGUCUGUGAAGCGAGCGUUGACGAGAUUCCACAAAAGCCAAUGCUUGGGAGAAGGACAAGGUAGAAUCUAGAAAUGGACAUAACCGUCCCUGCUCUGGUCAUGAUGAAGUGAAGCAAACAUGAUAGGAGAAAACAAAAAUUGAAGGUCGGUUAUGGUGGCGCCCAUGCACAGCUGCCGCAAAAUGUCUAUACUACUGAAGUAGAAAGCGCAACAUAAAUUAGGAAUUCACUCGGAGGUUAGGCGAGCCAGGAAAAGAGUAUCAAGCUCGAAGGCAAAAUCGUGGCAAAGUGAAAGUUAGUUGUGCGAGAUUUGUGUAAUAUAAAUAAGAUUACCUGACGCUUUAAGUAGACCGAUGUAGACAUGAAAGGUUUGAGGCCGAACCUAUGCUGCGGCCUUUGCAUUUUGCCAAAGCUGGUAUAUACCGAAUCAUUGAUUCCAGGUUGAAUCUCAGCAGACCCUUACCGCCAAUGAUCUCUUGACGAGAAUACGAAGGUACGCUGUUGGGUUUCAGCAACAUGGCUUGAAGCCUGGCUCAAGGGUAUGCACCCAUGUCCGAAACACAAUCGAUAAUAUAGCCGCAGGAUUGGCGGUUGUAUUCGCUGGAGGGACACUUGUAAUGGCAAAGACCUCCUACGUUGCAAGGGAGUUAAUAUACACAAUUCGAGACAGCGAAUGUGAUUACAUCCUCACAGACAAAAAUACAGCUCCAAAUCUUCUGAAAAUUACCAUGCCGUCAACCAUUAAGAAGCUGUUUUCUGUUGGAGGAGCACCCGGUUGCAUUGACGUCCUCGAGUUCCAAGACUACUCGGAGGCUAGUCUGAAGCCCCACGUGCCUGCUGACACAACGGAGGAGGUCGUCGUGAUGCUGUACACGUCAGGAACCACGGGCCUCCCAAAAGCCGUGCAAAUGUCCCACAAAGCUUACGUCUCCUGCUACCGUGCUUUAAUGGCUUCAGGGGUUUUCGCUGAUGAUGACAUCAUGCUUGCUUGGAAUCCCUUCACUCACGUCUCCGGGUUUGUGAUCGACAGCAUCUGCGUGUGCCUGGGAGUAAGGGUGAUAAUUACGGAGCACUCCCUAUCGUGGAAAGAUUUCUUGGAGACUCUCUCUACGCAUCAACAUUCACAAACAAAGAAAAAACAAAUUUCCAUGGACUGCAUCAUGACAACAUAA